AUGUUUCUAUUCUUUUUAUACGAAUUCUUUCAAUGGAUCCUAUGUUUAUUGUUUUAUAUUCUAGUGGCCUGCAUUCAUUUACAAUCGCAAACAACGCCUGAAAAGCAUCUUCCCAAUCCGUGGCACAAUCGAGGUUUCUGUGAGCCGGAUCAAUAUCAAGCAGCACUCCAACGUUGUCAAAGCGGCUAUGAAUCAUGUGAUUUAUUCAUUAAAAUAUUUGAAGAACGUGUAGCUAUCGAACGCGAUUAUAUCUCAGCCAUUCACAACUGGUCUCAAUCAUGUCAAAAACAAAUACAAGAAUCAAAAGAAUUCGGAACCAAUAAAAUCGCAUGGCUAGCUACACUUCAAACUGGUGAACAGGCUGUACGCACUCAUACAGACAUAGCUGAGCGUAUUCAACAUGAUGCUAUUGAUCAAAUGGUUGCAUUCAAGAAACAUAAUUAUGCAAAAUCGAUCAUUCACGUAAAAAAGAUUAAAGAAUUCGAGAAAGAAUUCGAAAGUAUUCAAAAGCCAUGGUUAAAAUUGUUGUCUAAGGUCAAAGAUGCCCAAGAGUCCUAUCACGAAAAAAAAAGAAAGCUAGAUCGAGCCGAAAAGGCGAAAAAAAUUAUCGAAUCGAAUACGGGUGCAGCCGAAGAAGACAAGAAGGAGGCUCAACUGAGUGUUGACGUCCAUACUAGAGAAGCGGCUGCAAUUCGAAGUAAAUACGAACAAUUAGUCGAUGAAAUGAAACAUUUACGACCGAACUAUGAGAAUAGUAUGAAGGGUGUAUUAGAUCGUACGCAUGCAUUCGAAAGAGAACGUCUGAACAAAUUCAAAGAAUUAUUUAACGCGUUUUACAAUGCUAUCAAUAUUCAAAAUGAUCGUCACUUGGUUGAAAUGUCUACUGCUUUUCAAAGCGCCUUUGCAUCACACGAUAUUGAAGCAGAUAUUCAAUGGUGGAACAAACACUAUGGAAGUGAUACGAACACAUCAUGGCCAGAAUUCGAGGAGCUAGUCAAUUAG